AUGAACAGAAACAGCAAAAGAGACAGAUCACCCAGCAGCGACAGCUGCAGCAGCUGCAGCAGCCGCAGCAGGCGCAGCAGCAGCGAGACAUCGAACUUCACAUCCAGCCCAACUGCAACAGCAGUAGCAGCAACAGCAUCAUCAUCAGCAGCAGCAGCAGCAGCAUCUGCGUCUUCUGUUGCAGCAAGAACUGAAGAUUCAACCGACUCCAAGCAGUCUCCUAGACACCUCCCCAAGGCACAUCUCCCCACAAGGCUCUCACGAUCAAAACGAAGCCGCAAGGAGCAGCCAGUAGCAGCAGCAGCAGCAGCAAGUGGAGCAGAAACGGCAGCAGGUGCAGCAGCCACAGCAGCAACAGUAGCAGCAGCAACACAUGUGGCAGCAGAAACAGCAACAGCACCACAAUGGCGGUCUUUUGCAUUGGAGGCAAACGCCAGCAGCAAUCUCUGCAGCAGCAGCACCUGCAGCAGCAGCAGCAACAACAGCAGCAACAGCAGCAGCGACGCCAACAGCAGCAGCACCAACGUCUCAUUCUUAAGCUUCAAAAGCCGGGUGAAAGGCCGUAGGCAUCGCCAACGCGGAGGGGGCGGCGGCAGCAUCAGCAGCAGCACGAGUAGCAGCAGCAGCAGCAGGAGCUGUAGCAGCAGCAGCGACAGCAGCGACAGCCCCUGUAGCAGCAGCAGCUGCGAUGAAUCAGAAGCAGCAUCUUGCUUCGAGCUAGCCCCAAUGACUGUAUCUUCCUUAGCCUCCGCAGCAACAGCAGCACACACAGCAGCAGAAGCAGCAGCACUAGCCAAAGCAAAAACAACACUCCCAGCAGCAGCAGCAGCAGCAGAUGUUGCAGAUGCAGGGGAUGAAAGAAACGAAACAAAAGCAGAACGAUCAGAAGCAGCACCAUCAAUACCAGCAGCAGCAGGAGCAGCAGCAGCAGCAGCAGCAGCAGUAGCACCAGUGGAUGUGCUGUGCCGCUUCAUAUAUUUAAUUAUUGUUUUUCUAGGAGGACGCGACUCUCUGUGUUAUCUCUCUCGUGUCUGCUGCUCUCUUCGUGUGGCGGUGCUGCGCUGCUGCUGCUGGCUGCCCCUAGCGCAGCAGCAAGGAUUAGUUGCUGCUGCAGCACUUCGUUUAAAAGGAAUAUCUGAAAGAAGAAGCAAAGGCAAAGUCUACGCUGGGCUCAUACCCACAGUGCUGCUUCACCAGCUGCAGCAGACGGAGCAGCGAAGCAUACGAGAAACCCUGCGGCAGCUUAACAGCACCGGCAGCAGCACCAGCAGCAACAGCAGCAGCAGCAACAGCAGCAGCAGCAGCGAGUUGCUGUCUCCUGUGGCUAUUCGAUCUGUUAAUUUAAAAGUUUGCAACGCAGAAGUAAACGAUGGAGUUCCUGCAUCGCUGCUGAGGGAGCUGGCACUGCUGCAGCUGCUGCAGCGAGAGCAUGCAUUUGCUGCUGCUGCUGCUGCUGAUGCUGCUGCUGCGGGUGCUGAUGCUGCUGUUGCUGCACCCGGCUGCAGCUGCAGCAGCAGCAGAAGCAGCAGAAGCAGUCACAAACAAGAUGACUGCCCCUUCCACUACCAGCAACGGCGCCAGCAGCAGCAGCAGCAGCAGCAGCAGCAGCAGCAGCCAGUGCUCCCCAUCUGUUUAGAGUCUGUACACGGCAAACAAAUUAUACAUCGUAAUAUAAAGCCGGAUAAUAUUUUUGUCCAUCAGCAGCUGCAUGUACACCCCGCUGUAAUUCUAGCGAACACCACCAAAGCGCUGAUGGUGUAUUCUCGUUUGCUGGCUCCUCUAUUUGCAUAUCAACGAUCCCCAUCUCCAGCGACAGCAGCAGCAGCAGCAGCAGCAGCAGUAGCGGCAGCAGCAGCAGCAUCAUCAUCAGCAGCAGGAGGAGGCGCAGGGUGUUGUGUGUGCAAAGAUCCUCGCGAUAGAGAGCGCUCGCUAAGAGAAAGCCAGCGGCUACCUUACAAGGCACCGGAGUUGCUGCUGCUGCGGGAGCAGCAGCAGCAGCAGCAAUAUAAAUACGAAGUCGACAUGUGGGCUGCUGCUGUUGUGUUUUUUGAAUUAGUCAGCAGCAAACCUCCCUUCUGCUGCAGCAGCGAGCUGCUGCACUUCUUAGAGUGCUGCCGCCUCCUAGGCACGCCAGUGACGCAGCAGCAGUGGAGAAACAUUCUAUGCCCCCUGCAGCAGCAGCAGCAGCAGCAGCAGCAGCAGCAGCAGCAGGUGCUGCUGCAGGGGGAAGAAGAAAGAGAAAUUAUAGAAGAGAAAGCUGCUGCUGCUGUAUGCCCCAUGAUGUGGCUGGAGCUGCUGCCGCUGUGGCGGCCUCCUCGCUGGCAGCAGCUGCGGCAGCAGCUGCAGCAGGAGGAACAGCAGCAGCUGCAGCAAUGGAUAGACUGCAUUCAAACAAACGGAAGCAAACAAGAGAAGCACCACCUGCAGCAGCUGCUGCAUCGGCUUCGAAAGCUCCAACAGGCUCAUCGCUACCCAGCGAAAAACUGCAGCAGCAGCAGCAGCAACAGCAGCAACAGCAGCAACAGCAACAGCAACAGCAACAGCAGCAGCAGCAGCUGCAACGAUUCUGCCGCUCCACAGAAUAAAGGAGAACCAGCAAAACAAGCAGCAGCAGCAGCAGCAGCAGCAACAGCAGCAACAGCAGCAACAGCAGCAGCAGGACUGAGCGAAGAAGAAGCAACGGAGUCGGAGAGGGUUUUGCUGCAGUUUGGGCGUCUAAUUGGCUCUGCGCCGCUGCUGCUGCUGCAGCAAACCCUCACCAUAGACAGGACACAGAGACUCCCAGCACACAAGGCGCUGCAACUGCUGCAGCACUGCAUUGCAAUAGAGAAGAACAGAGGCCGCGUGGAGACGACUGCAGCGCGGUGUGCAGCAAGAGCAGCAGCUGCUGCUGGAGCAGCAGCGCAGCCAGCCGCAGUAGCAGCAGCACCAGCACCAAGCGCAGCAGCAGAGGCAGUAGCAGCAAAAGAGGUGCCAGCAGCAGCAGCGGCAGCAGCAGCAGCAGCAGCAGCAAAUGGACAACACGCAACACCCAGAGAGCGCUGCUGGAGGCUGAACAACAGCAGCGCCAAGCGAAGUGACAGCAGCAGCAGCAGCAGCAGCAGCAAGAGCAGCGAGAGCAGCAAGAGCAGCAGCAGCCCCUCCAGCAGCAGCAGCAUUUGUUGCAGCACCCAAAGAGCAGCAGCAAACGGAAGCUGCAGCAAAGCGGAGGCUGCUGCAGGCGAUGCAGAGAAACAGCAAUGCAACUGCACGGACGCUGCAGCAGCAGCAGCAGCAGCAGCAGCAGCAGCAGCAGCAGCAGCAGCAGGAAGCACAGUGCAACGUCUUGUGGGAGGAAGCAAAAGGACUCCUCCUGCCUUUUUUUGA